AUGGAGACCCGAAAGGAUGAAGCUGCUCAAGAUAAGGGAGUGGCAGCCUUUGGGGACACCCAGACCCAAGGGGCAGCAAAAGCAGCCAAGAACAAGGUAGCUGAGGCAAGGGAAGGGCCAGUGUCAGAGCCACCCUUAUCUGGCCCAGGUAGGUUGAAGAAAACUGCCAUGAAACUCUUUGGUGGCAAAAAGGGCAUCUGUACCCUGCCUAGUUUUUUUGGUGGGGGACGAAGCAAAGGUUCUGGAAAAGGCAGCUCCAGGAAAGGUCUCAGCAUGAGCAAAACCCAUGAUGGCUUGAGUGAAUCAGUCUGUGGCCCUGAAGAUGCUGCCAGUGAGGGAACUGACCUCACCCUACCUUUGCCUGAAUCACCUUCUACACUUUCCAGCUCCCAAAGUGCCCAUGGGGCUUUGGAGACAGGUUCCAGAUGUAAGAUGUCUGUGCCUAGAGCCAUAGAGAAGGCUGAGGCUGAGAAGGUCCCCUCUGUAUUUAAGCCAAAGAAAGGCCUGAAAGGAUUUUUCAGCAGUAUCCGCCGUCACCGAAAAAGCAAGAUCACUGGGAUUGAGCAAAGUGAACCAGUGGUCAAGGUGCCUGAGGGGACCAGAGCCAGGCCUCAUGAGCAUGUGAGGUCAGCUCCUCUGCUUCAUUCUGAUGAGACCCUCCAAGCCUCAAGCAAGGAAGAUUCCAAAUUUCAGGAUGCCUCUGGGUCAAAAGUUUCUCCAACACCAGAAUCUUCUCUACCAGUUACUGAGAAGACAACCUGUAGAGAUCCAGAAAAAAACAUAGAUGUCUGUGCUUCAGCACUAGUGCAGCUCAAACCUGUCCCUAAGACCAGUGACCCUGAGGAACCCCAAAGUCCAGAAACAGGAGACAAGAUGGUGACAAGAGAGGUAAAUCCAUCCAGUGGCCCUGUAGGGUAUCAGCUGAGCCUCUUGUUUGGUGAUGUCACAUCCCUGAAGAGUUUUGACUCACUGACAGGUUGUGGGGACAUCAUAGCUGAACAAGACAUGGAUAGCAUGACAGAUAGCAUGGCCUCUGGGGGCCAGAGGGCCAACCGAGAUGGGACCAAGCGAAGUUCCUGCCUAGUUACUUACCAAGGAGGUGGGGAGGAGAUGGCCUUACCAGAUGAGGAAGAGGAAGAGGAGGUGGAAUUAGAAGAGGAAGAAGAAGAGGUAAAAGAGGAAGAUGAUGAUGAAGCAUAUCUGUGGGCAAGUGCCCAGAUGUACCCAAGGCCCAACCUGAACUUGGGCUAUCAUUCCACCACAUCCCCAGGCGACCAUAGCUAUAUGCUCCUUGACCAAGUUCGGUCUUAUCCUGGACUAGCCCCUGGGGACCUUUUGACUCCUCAGAGUGACCAGCAAGAAUCUGCCCCCAAUAGUGAUGAAGGUUAUUAUGACUCGACCACACCUGGAUUUGAGGAUGAUUCAGCUGAGACCCUGGGACUUGUCCACAGGGAUUGCCUUCCCCGAGACAGCUACAGUGGAGAUGCCCUUUAUGAGUUCUAUGAGCUAGAUGACAGUCUUGAGAAUUCUCCACCUGGAGAUGACUGCCUUUACGACCUCCAUGGUUGCAGCUCUGAAAUGUUUGAUCCUUUCUUGGACUUUGAGCCCUUCUCUUCCUCCCGGCCACCUGGGGCAAUGGAGACAGAGGAGGAAAGGCUAGUGACUAUCCAGAAACAGUUGUUGUAUUGGGAACUUCGGCGGGAACAACUUGAGGCCCAGGAGGCACAUGCUCAUGAGGCUUAUGUCAAGGAGGCCCACACCAGGGAAGCUCAUACCAGAGAGAUCCUAACCCAAGAGGUCUAUGCUAAAGAGGCCCAAGCCCGUGAGGCCCAUGCCAGAGAGGUUCAUAUGCUAGAAGCCCAUGCCAGGGAGGCCUGUGCCCGAGAGGCCCAUGUUCGAGAGGCUCAAGCCCAAGAGACCUUGGCCCAGCAGGAGAAGCCCAUCAUGGAGUAUCAGAUGAGGCCCUUAGGCCCAUCAGUGAUGGGCCUGGUGGCAGGGGCAUCAGGGAUAUCUCAGACUUCCCACCAUGGAACCACCUCAGUUUUCCCUGCCACUGCAAGCAGUGAGCCAGACUGGAGGGACUUCCGUCCCCUGGAGAAGCGUUUUGAAGGAACCUGCUCCAAGAAAGAUCAAAGUACCUGCCUGAUGCAGCUUUUCCAGAGUGAUGCCAUGUUUGAGCCAGACAUGCAAGAAGCAAAUUUUGGAGGGUCUCCCAGAAGGGCCUACCCUACUUACUCACCUCCUGAGGAACCAGAAGAAGAGGAGGUUGAGAAAGAAGGGAAUGUCACUGUGAGUUUCUCACAGGCCCUGGUGGACUUCACCAGCAAUGGGAACCUCUUUUCCAGCAUGUCCUGCAGCUCUGAUUCUGACUCAUCUUUCACUCAAAACCUCCCUGAGCUUCCUCCCAUGGUGACCUUUGACAUUGCUGAUGUGGAAAGGGAUGGGGAAGGUGAGUGUGAAGAGAAUCCUGAGUUCCACAGUGAUGAAGACCUUGCAGCCUCCUUGGAAGCUUUCACAAUGGGCUACUACCAGAAACACACCUUCAACAACUACUGCAGCCGAUUCCACCAAGGCUUGCCUUGGGGUGUAAGCAGCCUCCCUCGAUACUUGGGACUGCCUGGCAUGCGCUCUCAGCCUCCACCUGCUACCAUGGCUCUCAACAGAAGAAGCCGCUCCCUCGACACUGCAGAGACCCUAGAAUUGGAGCUUUCCAAUUCCCACCUGGCCCAGGGCUACAUGGAGUCUGAUGAGCUUCAGGUCCAGCAGGAAGAGUCAGAUGAAGAAGAGGAGGAGGAGGGAGAAGGGGGCCGAGACAGUCCCCUGUCCCUCUAUACUGAGCCCCCAGGGGCCUAUGACUGGUCUACUUGGGCUCCCUUUCCUUUAGCAGUGGGACCAGGCCCUGCCUGGAUAAACCCUAAUCAGUUGGAUAGGCCUUCCAACUUGUCUCCAUAUGAGCAGACAGCCUGUUGUAUACCUCCUAUGGCAAUGUCAUUGUCUCUGCCUGUACCAGGGCCAGAGCCAAGGGCAUCCCGAGUAUCUGGGCCUCAGCUAGCUCGGCCUUCACACCUACCCCUACCCAUGAGCCCUUGUUAUAAUCCUCAUUCACAGAUCUCUCAGAAUGUAAGGGUGAGGCCACAAGAUAUAUUGCUGCCCAAUUGCUCUGCUAGUUCCAAAGUCUUCAGCUCCAGCUCUCUGUCCCAAGCCAAGUCUUUGGAUAUCACCCAUGACAUCCCUCAGCUGCUCAGGAUCCUGCCUGCCCCCAAGCCUCAGUCCAUUCACUAUGGGGUUUCCAGCCUUGACCUGUCAAAGGAGAGGGCCAAGCAAGGUGCCUCCCUCUCCACCAGCUACUCCUCCACUGUCUUGAAUGGAAACUUAGCUGAGUAG